UCAGACGAGAUUGAGAGAAGUCGAUAGAAAUCUCAAAUACUCACAAGUGAACUCUGCUGUUCACGGUAAGAUCUGCCAGCAGGUAUCUUAAGAACAAUGUUGAUCAUUGUUUACUUGGUUGUCGUGGUGAUCUUUACGGUCCCGUGUCAGGGUAAACAUGAAGACUGCGAUAUUUUUCCUAAGAAUCCAGUUGUGGAAAUGGGAUCAGAUUUGUUGUUAACCUUUGCAAAAUCCUUUGGCAUUCCAUGCUUGACAUACGAUCCUAGAAAGAUAAUCUGGAAACUGAAUGGAAAAAAGAUCCCAGAAGAGCACUAUAGUUUCAUGAAUUCAACUGGUGCCAGUGUUGUAAUUAGAAACGUUUCAUUCCCUAUAGGAGAUGUGUCAUGCAAUUUACGUGUAGCCGGGAAAGACAUUCUUAUUGCAGUUACCGAUGUGAAAGCUGGAUUUCCUCCAGAAAAGCCCAAAAAUAUUUCCUGCAUCCAGUUUUUUAGGAAGAAUGUUGCUUGCAGCUGGGACCCUGGAAAAAAUACCUUCUUGGAAACUGAGUUUAGUGUUACAUACACGUUUGGAUAUGAUUUCAGUGAGAUACUUUUUUAUAGAACAAAACACCACACCUACCAGUUUGAGGAUGGGCAUUUGCAAUUGUUUGCUCCCCUCAACGUAACUGUAAAAGCGGAAAAUGCCUUGGGCGAAGCAUUCUCUGAUGUUCUUCAUGUAUUCGGAUUAGAUAUAGUGAAACUGGAGCCGCCUGUAAUUAGUUUGGAAAAUCCCAUCUUGAGGAGCAGCAUUAGAGUAAACUGGGGAAGGCCAAAGGCACCACGUAAUUUAGGAUUGAAUUGUGAAGUCCAGUACCAAGAGACUGGUUCAAACAAAUGGAGUGUAUCAGCUAUCAACAUGAGUCUAAAAAAAGAAGAAUCUUUUGAUAUAGAAAAUCUAAAGCCCUUUACCAACUACACUGUGUCAGUUCGCUGUAUUGGAGAUAAAAUGCAAAUCCAUUGGAGUGACUGGAGUUCAGAGAUUACUGCUACUUCACAUGGAGACGUGCCAUCAGAAAAGCCAGACCUUUGGAGACAAAUUAAUGCUCCAGAUGAAGAAGGAAACAGGAUGGUUCAACUCUUGUGGAAGGCAUUACAGAUACCCACUUCAAAUGACGGCACGUUUUGGUUCAGAGUACAAUGCAAAUCAAAGAGCAAACCCUGGCCAGACCUGGUUUUAAAUACGACCAGUCUGAAGGCAUCCCUGAAUCUCACAAAGGAAGCCUUUGAAAUAAGUGUGGUUGCUUUCAACUCUUUUGGCGACUCUCCCAAAGCGGUAUUGGUAGUUCCUGCAGUAGGUGAAAAAGGUCUCCAGCAAGUGAAAGAAGUAGAGGCUUUUUCUUAUAAGGAUCUCAUAUGGGUCAAGUGGAAGACCCCUGAUGUGCCAGUAAAUACAUACAUAAUUGAUUGGUGCAUGGAUGAUGAGACCUGUGAAAUAGACUGGCAAUAUACUAAUACAACUAAUGUGUCCCUGAAUGGUGCAUCCGAGCCAUAUCAGCGUUAUAACAUUACAGUUUCCCCUCUGUUUGAUGGAAAGCCAGGAACACUGGUGUCAGUGCAGACAUACCUGAAGGAAGCAGCGCCAGGACCAGUUUCUGAUGUGCAGGCAUUUAAUGUACAACAAACCACAGCAACAAUAAAGUGGAGAGAAAUCCCCAAGAAUGAACGCCACGGAUUCAUCACAAACUACACUAUAUUUUACAAAGAUGACAAAGGACUAGAGUCCUGUAAGUUCAAAUUGUGUCCUUGCUAGUUUUAUCCCGACAAUCGAUUUCCAAAUUUUGGUAGGUAUGUUGCAGCAGUAUGACACAUUCUUUGCUGUCACCAUAAAUAAGGUGUACAAGUUUUAUGGUCCUUUAUCAUCCAUAAAACAAUAUAAAGCAGAAUCAGAAAUUGUAUUUUAAACAAUAGCUGGUCAGGCUAGUUGACAGGCCACUGUCAUACUUUAUGCAAUAUAUGGUUAAUGCUUGCCCUGCUAAUGGAACCCCUGCACUCUUUUAUACCUGCUGAACGUACCUGUACUUCAAUUCAAGCUUCCCAAAACACCAGGCAGCAUUGGGUCCUCUCUGAGCAAUCCAUCAUUGCAUCGUUAGUCAGCAUAGUGUCCGGCACUCCAGCAACAAGGCGGAUAGGACAAAUAAACAGAAUCAAUACAAUCAACCACCUGUUUUCUUUGGAGUGGAGUGGGGGAUUUUUAUUUAAAGCAAAUGGAAAAUGAGGGACACCAUGCAGUGAAAGGGUUCCACUCAUGUAGGUGCUGUCUUAAUGUGAAACUCUCCUGCCAUCCAUGCCAGGACUCAAGCUCUGCUAAUUGUGAUGAAUUGCACCUUCAGGAACUCUGUAGUGGUCGGUGAUGUGGACUCUAUGCACUGGGAGACCCCUAAACAGUGGCGACGCGUA